CGCUUAGUGCCACGCCGUGUCUCAGAGCGCCCAGGCCACGGGCCCCGAAUCAUACCGAAUCAUACCGCCUAAAAUCAUUUAUAUGCAAAUAAAUUUGCAACGCGAGCACCGGAUAUAUUAAACGCCAAGGCUACUAGAACUACCCACUUCCUUGGGAAAGUGCGCGAAAAUCCCCAUCUGCCAAACGAACCAACCACCACCCCCAUCAGCAUCCAUCAUGCAGGUCUUCGAUAACAAUAUGCGCCGCGCCUCGCGACGUGCCUCCUUGCGGCGAGGAUCCAUAUCGGCACUGCCGCAGAAGUCGCACGAGAUUCCCUGGGACAUAUUCGAGCGACUCUUCAUGCCCUUCCUGUUCUGCCAGGCGGCGGCCAUCAUCACGUCGCACCUGCUCCACGCCCUGGACAUCUCCAGCAUCUCCACCUUCGCCGUGUUCGUCUGGUUCGCCCUGGCCACCGUGGGAGCCGUGCUCUUCUACCACUUCGUCAAGGUUUCGGCUUCGGGCAAAGGCGUGCUAAUCACUGGCUGCGAGGCUCCACUGGCCUGGUACUUGGCCAAGAAACUGGACGACCUGGGUUUUACCGUUUACGCAGGAUUCAACACGCCCAUCGAGGAGUCGGACGAGGCCAAGAUUCUCAAGGAGGAGACCUCGGGACGCAUGAAGCUGCUGCACUUGGACGUCACAUCGGAGAAAACCAUCCUGGAAGCUGCCCGCUAUGUGUCGCAGCACCUGCCCCACGGCGCCGAGGGAUUGUGGUCUGUGGUGCACUGCGCCCACUGGAUAGCUUUGGGUGAACUCGAGUGGAUUCCAUUUGCCGUGCUUCGCAAGAGCUUGGACCUUAACCUUUUGGGUUCCGCCCGCCUCACCCAAAUAUUCCUGCCCCUCGUACGCCGUGCCCAUGGUCGCGUCGUCUUCCUCACCUCCGGCCUGAACCGUGUGCCAUCUCCCGUCCGGGGAAUCCAGUGCGCCACCCAGGCGGCGGUGGACUGUUUUGCCGCCUGUCUGCGCCAGGAGAUGCGCACCCGGGGAGUGGACGUGUCCGUGGUGGCUGCCGGAGAGUUUGCACCCGGCAACGGCUGGCUGAACGAGACCGAGCUGCGUGACCAGGCCAAGCAAAUGUGGAACCAGCUUUCCUCGGAGCAGAAGAAGACCUACGGCGAGGAUUACUACGAGGCGGCCAUGACAUCGGUGGAGAAGUAUUCGCGCCAGGCGGCCGAUAUCCAGCCCACGCUGCGCGUCCUCAUCGAUGCCGUGACCAGGACCUUCCCCAUGGCCCGCUACACCCCGGUGACAUCCAGCGAGCGGCUGCAGAUCUUCCUGGCCGAGCACCUGGCCCCCUCCCUCUACGAGUCGCUCUACGGGGAGCAGAAGAAGUUCGUCUACUGACCACAUCCUCCAUCUGCCGUCCGCCGUCCAGCGCCCAGAUAAGAAGAGUCUCCAUCGAAACGGCCCGAUAUUGUAAUUUGGAAAUUGUUAUUCAUUUAUGAUUUGCCCCGAAAUCCAUAUCCGCCAUCCUGCUCCUUGGUGCGCGUGAAGGACAUCCAGAAAGGAACUGAAGCCAGGAGCACUGUUCAAGGAGCUCCGGCAGUCGAUGAGCAUUUACGUCCUUCUCUCGAUUAUUCUCAUGAUUUUCCCUUAACGGAGGCGUGUCUGUCUGCAUAAUAUUAUUUUCUUUAGUUGCUAGAACGAAUUGUAUAACGAUGAAUGAAUAAACUGAAAAUGGAAACAAUUGAAA